AAGGGACACACCUACAUAAACAACAUCAUGUCCUUCCUGCAGAGAUUCCAUGCCCCCCUUUUGCUCUUACAUCCCUUGUUUCUCUUUUGAUCUUAUCACUCGUUGAUGAACGAUAUCCAAUAUGGUUGGAUUCAUCAACACCGAGAGACGACGGCACAGCACGCCGGUAGCAUGGCUCUUGUUGCUGUGGCUAACAACAUUGCUACAGAUUCAACAAGCAGCCUGCUUGGCGAUAUUGCCAGAGUCAACACGUGCUGGCACACGAUAUUACUAUCCUUUUGCACCAAAUUGGCGAGGAUCGUUGAACCAAAAGGAGACGACUCCAGAAAGUUUGGGUGCAGACGCGGACGCAAGUACCAACGUCCAAGCGGCGACGACAUCAGACGGCGCUGUCAAUCUCACAGCCCGGAAUCCCGACGAGCUGUACAAGACCUCACAAAGGACUAUCAGCGAAAGCAGCUCCAAAAUGUCUGUCACCACACCGACGGUGGCCCCAUCGCCUUCCUAUGCUUGCCCGUCGUGCAAGGGCACCGGGAGCAAUUUGAAGCCUUCUCCCGUUUCCUCUGCUUCCUCAUCACCGUUUCCCUCCAAGGGAUACAGCCAACAAUCACCGCCCAUCAACAAAAGAAACUACAAUAAUUCCAAUUCGAAACGUUCCGACGGCGACCUCUUCUCCACCCCCAUCAGCCCCGACCUCUCCAUCCCGCAAUCCAUCCCCUCGCAACCAAACCACCCCGCCCCCCGCAAGGGCAUCAAGCAGUCUCAAGAGGGCGGCGGUACCGCAAUCCCAACCAACAAAUUCCACGCCAACUUCUUUCUCGGCUCGCAAUCCUCUUCCGUCUGGACGCACCCAUACUCGCUACAAUGGGCCAAGGGGCAAGGAAGCUCCGGCGCUUGGGGUCUGGCUGUUUCCCAUACCGAUGCAAGCCAGCGCGUCUUUGGCGAGCAAGAUCCUAAUGGGAGCGGAGCGGCUCGGUGGUUUGGAAGUCCCGUGGGAAGAGCGGACGUGGUUCUUUCUGAACAAGGACUGGAAAAGGGGAAUGCGACGGGCGGUGUAGAGCUCAUGACGCAGGAUGUCAAGGAGCAAAGCAUCCGUGUGCAGCUGGUUGCGGGAGGAGAUGUGAAGUUGGAGGCGCCUGUGGUACAGGGGAUGGGAAUGGUGACUGCGUUGUAUAAGCAGGGCACGCCGGUGAUCAAGUCGGGGAUUGGGUGGAAGAUGGUGACCAAGGCGAUGGGCGUGGUGAAGGCGGGUGUGGUCAAGUAUCGGCUGGUGAUGGAGGAUGGCGCCACUUGGUUGCUUUAUGCGACGGGUGGGGAUGUAAGUGCCAUCAAGAGGGGGGAGCCGGGAGGGUUGGAGUUGGAGGUGCAGGGGAAUAACGUGGCUGUUGCCAAGGGCAGUUUCACGGGUAUGGUGCAGGUUGCAAAGUUGCCGGGUGGUGCCAAUGGGACCGAGGGAGUAGCUGAUGCUGAGAAGUUGUACGAUGCUGCUUGCGGCACGUACGCUACUGGUGUUGAGCUCUCCGGGUCCGUGGAUGGGCAAACGGGUCGGUAUACCUUCAACUUCCAAAAGGAAGGACUUUCCACCAACUCUAGCCUCGUCAUGUUCGCUUUGCCUCACCACCAGGCAUCCUUCAGCUCCGACACGGCUUCCAAGGUGGUCCCCUCUGUCAAGCUCGACACCACCACCAAGGGUGUCGCCGUUGCUGUGGUUGGUGACCAAUGGACCAUGGAAGAAGACGUCAGUAAGCCUAUGAGCAUGGGGUUCGUCCCUUGGACGCCUGAGGCGGGCUCUAUCAAGACCAUUAGCGACUCAGCAAAGGAGUACAUCAAGACUGUGGCUCAAAAGGAACUGCUGGGCACGUCGCAGGGCCAAGACAUACUCAACCAGACGGACCAGCCGAGUAUGUACUUUGGUGGCAAGGCGUUGGCCAAGUUUGCGGCGAUUUUGGUGGCUGUCAAUGAUGUGCUGGGUGAGACGGACAUGGCGAAGAAGGGGUUAGAUCAGUUGAAGGUUGCAUUUACAAGAUAUUCGGAGAACCAGCAGCAGUAUCCGUUGGUUUAUGAUCAAUCCUGGGGCGGCAUCGUCUCCUCGGCCUCCUACACCACCGGCGACGCGGGCGUCGACUUCGGCAACACCUACUACAACGACCACCACUUCCACUACGGCUACUUUAUCUACACCGGCGCCGUGCUCGCCCACCUGGACCCCUCCUGGGCUUCUUCGGCAUCCAACCUCGCUUACGUCAACUCCCUCGUCCGCGACGUCGCCAACCCUUCCUCCUCUCUCGACCCUCACUUCCCCUCCUUCCGCACCUUCGACUGGUACCACGGCCACUCAUGGGCCCACGGCCUCUUUGAAUCCAGCGACGGCAAAGACCAGGAAUCCUCCUCGGAAGACUCCAUGCACGUCUACGCCCUGCUCAUGUGGGCCCAAGCCACCAACAACCAAGCGCUCUACCAGCGCUCUGCCCUGCAACUCUCUCUCCUCUCACGGUCGCUGAACUCUUAUUACCUCUACUCCUCUUCCAACCCUUCCUCAAACAUCCAACCAAAGGAGUUUGUGGGCAAUAAAGUAGCCGGGAUUUUGUUUGAGAACAAAAUCGACCAUGUCACCUUCUUUGGCAACAAGCAGGAGUAUAUCCAGGGUAUCCACAUGUUGCCCUUGAUGCCGCAUACCUUGUUUGUGCGCGACAGGGAGUUUGUCAAGGAAGAGUGGGAGGCCUUUUUUGCUGGCGGGGCGGCAAAUAAGGCGGAAGGAGGGUGGAAGGGGGUUUUGUAUGGGAAUUAUGCGACGAUUGAUCCCAGGGGGGCUUGGGAGGUGUUUACGGGUGGUGCUGCUGCUGGGGUGCCGACGGGCGGAAGUCAGCUUGUUGGUUCUCCUGGGAGUGGGAAUGGGAAUGGUACUACCGUUACGGGAACGGGAACGGGAGAGUCGAUGACGAGUACCGCGAGUACCGCGAGUACGACGACGACGCCGGGGUCGAUUACUCCUACGUCAACCUCUGUGCCUACUACUCCUGGUGCCAUGUCAUCGAAGAUGGUGAGGAGGACGAUCAGGAGGGCGUUGGAGAAGGGCAAGGGGAAGAUGAAUAUGCCUGUUGCUCGUGCUGCCCUGCCAAAGGCGAAGAAGGAUGGGUUCGGCCCCGAGAACAUUGAUGGUGGCGCGAGUUUGACUUGGUAUCUGACUUGGUGUGCUGCUCUUGGUGGACUAUAAACCGCGAGCAGGCACAAAUCCCCUCUGUUUGGCUAUACUUUCCUUCUUGUUGUCUCUUUCAUAAAGCUCUUUUUUUGCCUUUCAUUUACAUUGCAACGGAGUUUUGGAGUACACAACUUGGCUUUAUGGUUAAGAUGGAAUGAAAGAGGAUAUCACUGACAAGAUGGAUGACCUGCAAAAGUCAAUGAACGCAUUGGUUCAAACAGUAGACUACAUGAUAGAGUCUGGAACUAGAUUUAGACGGACCGGAUUGUGGAUUUGGAGUUGGAGUUGGAUAGAUACCCCGUAUACUAUGGCGCCCUGGAGCAAAUGGAAGUUGGGUUUAUUUGAGCAUUUUUAGAUGUUAGAUAGUCUACUGCAUCGGUAUGGAGUUAUCAGUUACAGGCUUUUUACAAGAAUUAAUCACAC